AUGUCUGGACCGGCUGCAGGAGCUGCUGCGUCUCGCCUACAGGCGUUCUGGAACCACCCCGCAGGUCCCAAGACUGUCUUUUUUUGGGCACCGAUGAUGAAGUGGUGCCUCGUCGCUGCCGGCCUUAAAGACCUCCAGCGCCCUGCCGACAAGCUGAGCAUACCGCAGAACAUUGCGCUCGCUGCCACGGGAUUCAUCUGGGUGCGGUACUCGUUCGUGAUUAUACCCGUCAACUACAGUCUUGCUGCUGUCAACUUCUUUGUUGGAAGUACUGGGAUGUACCAGCUGUACCGUGUCUGGGAUUACCGGCGCUCUUUGGCGCAGAACAAGCCGGCCUCCCUCCCGACAUCGGCGUGAAUCAUCUUUAGGUUAGCGAGAUGCGGGAUGCCAUGAGGUGUGCGAGAUAAUGGGGUGAUAUCUUUGUGGAUGUGUAUGUUUAUAUCAAAAACCUGUCGUUAUCGACAUAUCUACUUAGCUUUGUCGUCCUCCAGUGAUCCUUGGGGAUCACCACAUGAGAAACGAAGGGAAGUUCCAG